AUGCUGGCCGAGGACAAGACGAACGAUGCAGAGUACCUUGUCAAGGCGCUGGAGUUUCAUCCGAACCUGCGUGCCAAGUUCUUCAACCGGCAGCUGCUUCACAUUGCCCGGCAGCUCCAUGUCCAGCUCUUGGCAGACUCGCAGCUGCGAGGAAUCGGCAAGCCGCUAGAGACAGUGGGCUCUGGCAUUUGGGAGCACGAGGCCUUGGAUCUAGCGGAGCCGCAAUUCGCCGACCCAGCGGGUGCCGAAGCGGCAGCGUUCCGAGCUCCCUGGGGCCGAGGCGGCGUUCCGGUGUCGAAGAAGACCUUUGGCCUCCUCUCGCGGAAGGUGCCCGCCGAGGAGGCCGUCCUCAAACGUUUUGGGAGCUGGGCCGCUUUCCUCGGACAGCCGCCCAUGGACGAGCUCUUCGCGUUGGAGCGAAGGAGGCUUCGCAUUACACUCUGGCCGCAGCUGUGA